GUCGACAGUGACGUAUGAGGAAGCGUUCGUGCAUUCACAGGAAAAUCCAUGCUUAGAUAUAACGUUAAAGAUUUGAUAAGAGCAGAAAAAUGCCAAUUUUUCCAAGAAUUUCUCUAAAGCCAGAAGUUUGUGACCACCUAAAGAGCAUCUUCUUAAACAAAGAGCUCUUAGCAGCUGUUGGCCAUCAGGAAGCAGAAUCCCGUUUCCAGAGGCUGCUCAUGUGUCUGUCACACCCUCCGUCAUACACAUGUGUACGGGCCAGUACUCACCUAGCUCCACUGGAGGACAUCAGACAAAAGCUGGGAGAAGAGCUGAAAAGGCAGCAGCAGCAGAUGUGCAGCUCAUCACCAGAAGACGUCUAUGCUCAGAUUCUUCCACACCCACACAUUCCAGAUGUGCUUCUCCUUCCUGUGGAUGGUCCGAGACCUGUGCAGCAGCUCAGCUCCGAGGUGGUGGUUGGUGCUCAGUGUGGCAACGCUGUUCUGAGAGGAGCUCAUGUUUUCGCUCCAGGGAUCAUUGCGAGUCCAAAGUACAUGAAGGCUGGAGAUCUAGUGUCUGUCUUCUCAGACACUGAAGGGAAAUGCACCAGAGGAGCCACAAGUUUCCAGGGGUUGAAAGUGUUUGUGGGUAAUGGUGUUGCUGAGAUGGAUCGCUCCAGCAUAUUUUGCACAGAUGAGCCUAAAAAGGGUAUAGGUGUACGAAUGACAGAGCCACUUUAUCAAAGUCCAUCUUUUGAUGGUGUUCUGCCCAGCCUGGCCUUCCUACAGAAUCUGCCUUCUGUGGUUGUGGGACAUGUGCUUGGGCCUCGUCCAGGAGAACGUGUCCUGGAUAUGUGUGCAGCACCUGGAGGGAAGACCUGUCACAUCGCUGCUCUCAUGGGGGAUCAGGGUGAGGUUGUGGCUCUUGACAGAAUCCGAAACAAGAUAGAUCGCAUUGGUCAAAAUGCCCAGAUGUUGCAUUUACACUCUAUCAAAGUUUAUUGCUUCAACAGUACUCAGGCUGUGAGCAGUGACCCAUCCCAGGACAGUGAAGGGCCUCCGUUCCCACCUGAGAGUUUUGACCGGGUGCUGUUGGAUGCUCCCUGUAGUGGCCUUGGACAGAGACCCAACAUGGCCAGCACUUGGAGCCUUAAGGAGAUCUGUUCAUACCAACCACUGCAGCGCAAAUUAAUACAAGCCGCGGUGCGUUUGUUGAGGAAAGGCGGGGUUUUGGUGUACAGCACCUGCACAGUGACGCUCGCAGAGAACGAGGAGCAGGUAGCCUGGGCGCUCAGAACCUUCCCGUGCCUCACACUUCAACCUCAGGAGCCUCACAUCGGUGCAGAGGGCAUGUUGGGGGCUGGCUUGUCACCUGAGCAGCUGCGCCUCCUCCAGAGGUUCAGUCCCGAGCUGAACUGGGACCAGACGGAAUCAGCUGUUCCACUCCCACACAGAGCCAACACAGACACUAUAGGUUUUUUUAUCGCCAAGUUCCUCAAACACUGACUGGAGGCCAUGAAUUCUGUUUCAAAACGGCAGCAUCGGCUCUCACACGAGACUGCAGACGGGAACAAUGGUGUUUAUAUUCAAACACUGUGUGCUUUGAUGGGGCGGUGUUGACAAAGACGCUCGCUGCGCUGUUUACAGCAUCUGCCUCUUAACAGCUGCUCUCUGAAACUGCGGGCCAUAUAGGGAUAAGCUUUAUAAACACAGAGGGCAGGAGAGAGAGAGAGAGGGGAUGGGAGGGGGAGGCACGUGGGGAUGGAGCAGGGGGGAGAGACUCAAUGAGUAUUGGCAAAUGCAGCAGUGCUAGCGUCGCCAUAACAACAGUGACGACACAGCUGCCAUGGUGACAGAGGAUUCGCUGGAUCUCACAGCGUAGAUCAGGAAGUAGCGUGCGGAAAGAGGUCAUAAGAGGUAUUAACAAUUUAGUGCCUUUUAGCAGCGGGACAACUGGGACCUCUAAUUAGCACUUCAGCUUCAAACAGAAAAACAACGCUGUGCUACGUUUGGUCAAUAUGUGCAUUUGUCCAAUUAAAUGGAAGUUUCUUUAAACACUUGUUUGUGUGUACACUUUUUAUGAGUUAUUAAAUUAUUGGGGUACACUGGUGAAAUGUGAAAUACACACUGCAGUGCACUAAUUCAUCCAACGAUAGCAGAGUUAUGUGUCCAUAAAUCUGCACUGACACUCAUCUAUAGAAUUUAUGCCUGCAGUCUCCAAACGUGGGGCUGGUUCUCCUGUUGUGAGGCAUAUUGAGGACCUUCACACCGACCUCAGCCCAGUCCUUUGUUUUCUGUGGGAUACCAUCAGACUCUUAUCAGUCCGUCCACACAUCUGUCUGGAAAUGCCAGCAGUCUGCACCUCAGCUCUCUACAGCUGUGCAUUUUAUGCAGGGAGGGUGGACUGUUAAAAUGGCUGCUUCAUUCAUUGCAGUAGCUCGAGGUUUUCAAACUAGAGAGUGAUUUUUCUUUGUUUAACAACAGCGAAAAGAUUCUGGGAUCACAUCAGAUCAGUCUGUGUCUUUGGGAGUUGCUUGUUCAGGUUAUUUUGGAAGCAUCUGUGUGUGAAGAAGCAGAAAAAAAACACAGCAGUUUCUUAUUUUAGAUUCAUCCCCGCAGUAUUGUCAUUCAUGUCCAUGUUGUCAUGACAACUCAGGAGGCAUGACGGUGAGUCUACCUCAAUUUUUCAGUAGAGUUUCAGACAACUAUUUAUAGACACUGUCUUCCUCCUGUCUGAGUCUUCUGACAAAACACACAUCAAAAUCUUCUCCCCUUCAUCAAUCCUUUGUUGCCAACUUUAUUCUUUAUAUUUAUGCAUUAUGUACAUACACAUGUACACUGUUAAAAAAUCUGUAGUGCUACAAAUGUAGCAUAGAAAUGGAGGAAGUACAAUUUUCAGGCAAAAUCAAACUAAAGUGAGGGAUGGGGUGGGUGGAAAUGUAAACAGAGGGACAGAGUGCAUUCAAACCUAUGUAAUAAAGUCUAUUCGAGUUAGGUUUCCAGUAUCAUGAACACAAUCAUGAUAUCUGCAGACGUUUAAAGUUGAUCCAACCACCACAGUGUCUCUUUUAACAAGCACAUGAGUAGGUGUUGGUGUGUCUUGAAACAUCUUUUACACCAUCACUUAGCGUUAAUUAGAUCCUGUUUGUGAGUCAGGGAGGUGGCUCAGGAAAGAGAGCAAAUGACAAAAAGACUGUCAUUGUCUUGGUAAACAUUUAAUUGUUUGGAUUAGCUUUUGCAAAUUAAUUUCAGUGAGGAAUAUACUGAAGAGGAUAUCCAAACUUAACAUUCUUUUAACUAUGAACUGGGAAUUAAAGUGGGAGUUCAACAACAUUCAUUAGAAAAAGGGGUCAGACUUAAUAAAAGAUUAACCUAAAUGGAGGUUUGGUAGUAGACCAGCAUUAAGUUGCAAUGUUAUAUCAAAUUGCUUUCACUUGAAACCAAUGUGAAUCAGUAAAAGUGCAGAAUAAAGGGUGUAUCAAUGUUAUAAAAUGUUUCUGGACCCAUACAAAGAGAACAGUACUGCAUGUAAGAGAGGACGUUAUUGAAGAACUCUUUUUGUCUUGUAAGGCAAGACUAAGGUGCACCUCGAAGGAGGCAUAAAUAUGUCUGAAUGUCUAGAACCAUGGAUGCAGAAUUUAAAAAAAAAAAGGAACUACGCAAUUAAUGAACAUAAAAUUAAAAAGACCUCUGCAAAUACAGCAUCAAACUAAGUUUAGUCAACCAUAGCUGUCAACCCCAGCAGUAGUCUGAAGGAACAAAUUAUUCAAGUGGUAGCAAGC